AAGAAAAACGCAGGCUGCUGUCGUCAUUUCACCUUGACCUACAUGCAAAACAACAGGGCGAAAAUCUUAUUUUUCUUCAUUUAUUUACUGAUCAACAUCGGCCUAGGGGCCUUUAACGCUUGGAGCUACUGGGGCUCAAACUACUGGUUAAUAGUAUGUAUAAACGUAUAAUAAAAUAUAGCAUUUGAUUUGAAUGUAUGUAUUUACACAUAAUAUCAAUAUGUGGGUAAAAACAAGUAUGAAAGCAUGCUAAUUAAAUUGCAUGCUUAAGGGGAGCUCUCAAACCUUGAGAUUUUGAGUUAAACCAUAGUCCCUAUGUAGACUUUAGAGAAAAUGAAAACCAUUGCUAUAGAUUUAAGCUAUAUUGAAUUUAGUUAGCUUUAGUUGUUCUUAGUGAUAAAAUGACAUACAACUUUUUUUUUUAAAUGUUAAACUUUAUUUCAAUGUUUGAGAGACUUUCACAUUUUCCCUACCCCCACCCCCACCCUUUUCCUUUCCAACGCCCCGCAAUCAAACCUGAACCCCAUAGACCGCUCGGACAUUCGGUCUGCCCCUGGAUUUCAACUGUACGUUUAUCGUUGUGCUCAUGUUGAGGCGAGUCAUCACCUACAUUCGGGCUACGCCUCUGGUCAGGGUGCUACCUCUUGACCAGCACAUCAUGUUUCACAAGCUGUGCGGCUACAUGAUAACACUGCAGAGCAUCGGCCAUACGGUAGCCCACGUCGGGAAUGCCAGUAAGUAGGUGUAGCAUCAUUUCUAACACUCCACAUGAUACAUAAUAGCACACUUUGGGAUAGCCAGUAAGUAGAUGUAGCAUCAUUCUAGCAUUCCACGCAUUAGCCCACGUUGGGAUAGCCAGUAAGUAGGUGUAGCAUCAUUCUAGCACUCCACACGGUAGCCCACGUCGGGAAUGCCAGUAAGUAGGUGUAGCAUCAUUCUAGCGCUCCACGCGGUAGCCCACGUUUAUACUAAUAAAACAUGUAAAAAUCAAGAUAUUAUUAAUUAUCUAUAGAUAAAAGCCAAGAAUGAUAGUAUGUUUUCUCCUUACUUGUCAAUGAAUGCCCAAAAUGUACCUUUCCAGUUGUUAACACGGUUAGAAAUGGUUGCACAUGCCUUGUUUUCAAUCUUAACUUUUUUUUUAACAUUUGAGCUGAAAUUUAAUAAAUAUAUUUAUUUUGAAUGUCACAGUGAAGUAACAGCUGUUUUGUAUACUUGAAAUUCAUCACCAAUACUUGUUAUUAAACUCAGCGUAUUGGCCUUUUUGUGAAGGAAUACAUAUCUAUGUAAUACAACGUGAGCAACGAAAACACCAUUCCAUUGAACCCGCUGUCAUUGCCGGGCAUCACCAAAGAGACGUCGAACGUUGCAUCAGUGCGGUAUCGGUGAUAUACAAAUAUCGAGUGCUCCGGCUUUUCUCGGCCAAUGGAAACUGGAAAGUGUGUGCCAAAUGACAAAAAUCGAUUUUUUUAAGAAGGAUAAGUUUGAGCGUUGACAACGUAGAUUGUGGGUGCUAGUUACAGACCUGUUUACCCCUACGACUUCGCCGUAGAAAACUCGUGUUUUUUUUGUUUUUUUUUUAAGCCUAAGACUAGGACACUAAGACGAGUCUAAAACCAGGGCCGGCCUUAGGCCACUGCAACCUAUGCGGCCGCAGUGGGCCCUGCACUUUCAUAGGCCCCGCGCUAAUUCCAGGUAUAAAUUAUUAAAUUAAACCAUUAAAACUUAAAUCGUGUUUAGGCCCCGCGCAAUACGUUUCGCAUAGGGCCCCGCAAUUUUUAGGGCCGGCCCUGCCUAAAACAAGCUACGGUUUCGGGAGUUUUCUUCAUUUCUUUUGGCUUUUUUUUUAAAUUGAAAAUAAAGAAUUGGGGUGUUUUAAAUAAAAAUUCACCGCACUUUUUUGUGUUAAUCCCGUCAGCCAUCGAACGAGAUCGGCAUCCAUCAACGCAUCGGAGAACCACAGCUUUCAUAUUUUCUUUAUGUUAACUUGUAUAAGUAGCUAGGCAGCUGAGUGGAUUACCUGAUACGACUUGUGUUUUGAUCGUAACUAAACCACCACCACCCACCCACCCGCCACCCCCAGACCCGCCUCAACACCCCAAAUUGACAAAAGCACUCUUUGGAGCUUGUAACUACAUUGUUUUUUUUUAAGAGUUGAAAACUACUCUGACACUAACACUGGGGUAAACAGGAUCUGUAUCAAUGUCAUUUUUUUUUUUGUAACAUUAUGUAGCCGAAUAUACUUGGAUGGUGUUUGUUUUGUUUUUUUUGUGAAGUGUUGGUGGCGGAAGCGAAAGAAAUGGCCCUCUGGGAAGUCAUAUUCACACACAAAGCUGGUAUUGGAUGGAUAGCUGGACUGGCUCCUAUAACAGGUAAAAGAAGAUAGAGCAAAAAAAAAUAAUAAUAAUAAUAAAAAAAGAAAAUAAAUAAAGGAUUUAAAUUGGUUUAUUUAAGGGAUACUUUAGAUAUUUUGUGACUAGCAUCAGAAACAUUGAAUGCAUACCAAAAUUAUUAUUUUGUUUUUAAUGUUGUUCGAACUUAGUAACUCGUGGCAUUGCGAUGUGCAUUUAUUUAUUUAUUUUUAUUAAAAAAAAUUUUUUACUUUUUGAAAACAAAUGCAAGUCGCUCAUUGUGAAUUUCGAUCACACAUUGUGUUAUAUUCUUUUGGUAUAGCUAUUUCCCGGCUACCCUCAAAGCUAAUCUACUUUUAUUAUAAUAAAUUGCUGCAUCCCUUUGAACAAACAACGUUGUGGGGCAUAAUGCAAUUCUUUCUGAAAAGGCUUAUCCUCCCCUUUUUAACUGUUUCUCAAAUGCCUGAUUCCCCUUCUCGUCUUCUUACCCCCCCCCCCAACGUUAACCCUCCACGCCCCAGGUGUCGUGCUGUGUGUCGUGCUUCUCAUCAUGGUGCCCCUCUCCCUCCCCUUCAUCAGACGGAAAGGAUGCUUUGAGGUGAGUGACGUCAUCGCCUGUCACGUGAUAAUAUACUUAAUUAAAAUAGAUCGAAAACAUUAAUAAUAACACCUUUUUUUAAAAUCUAUACGUUCCCCGACUACGAUAUACGCUGCGGCUCUGUACAGUGUCUGGAAUCGAUUACGCAUUCCAUUUAAACGAUAAUAAAAAUAAUAAUAUAACAGUAAAAUAUAUAUACCCUCCCUUCUUUCCAGUCCUUACUGCAGGGGAGUUUAAAUUGGGGGAGGAGCAGGGGUGUAGAAUAAAAUAUCCGCUCAAGAUUCCAACUUAAAGAUCCAAAAUCAAUUUAAAAUAGACUGUGAUUAUUUUUUUUAUUUUUUUUUUUUGGAGGGGGGGAUGUGUUUAGGUGUAAUGUCGCGUAGCAUACAGACGUCAACAUUCUUAAUGUAAUGGGGCUUUUGUCGAUGCGUAAACAACAUGCUUAUCUGCCUAAGUUUAGGUCUCGGUUUAGGCCUUAGCUUAGACCUUGUUUAAGGCCUUUUUAGCCCUUAGUUUAUCUUUUUGUUUAGGCCUUGGUUUAGGGCUUACUUCAUGUUACCGUUUUACUUGUGCUGUUUAAGUAUUUAUAACCAUGAAAGAUCCCUUUCUAUAAACAGCUGGCUCUUAUAUUUAAUUAAGUUAUCAACAUAAAACAUAGUUAAGGAUAGAGGGCACAAGAGCCCCACAACGGUCUAUCUUUAGGCCUGUGUACUACUGCUGAUAUGCAUGUGUACUAAACGCGUUUCAUGUGCUGGCAGAUAUUCUACUGGAGUCACAAGUUGUACCUGAUCUUCUGGAUCCUGCUGAUCAUCCACGCCAAGAACUUCUGGAAGUGGUUUGUCGUGCCCGGCCUGGUGUUCAUCGUCGAGUCUAUCACACGGAUGCAGUGGGUCAGGCUGGCCUACAUGGGCCGGACGUACAUACAGAGUGCCUGCCUGCUCCCGUCUGAGGUGAGACAUGUGGGAAAGUAUCCUUAUUUGUAAGGCAGUGUGUGCAUCUCCCAUAGUUAGUCUAACAUAAUUAUUUCUAGUCUAGAAUACUCUGUCUGACGUAGCGUAUCUAACAUAGAGUGUAUAAAAUACUUUGUCCAGCAUAAUGUUUCUAACACACGUCUAGCUUAGUGAGUCGCACAUCUUCUUCAGUGUGCUGUAAGGUGCGCACCACUAAAGCUGUUGGUCCAUCGGAUUGUGUUUGAAUAGCAAAAACAAGCAGUGAUCAAUAGCAUGAUUGAUGUAUUUCACGAAUGACCAAAAUGCAGAAAUGACCAAUCGAACGAAUAAUCAAUUGGACCAAUGAUAAAUGCACCAAAGGCCCAUUUUCACGAUUGGUCAGGGCACGAGUGGCCAGCUUCUCGAAUAAUCACUUACACGGUUCACCAACUAUGCCGCUAACCAAUGAGCUUUAUAAUCCCUCUAGGUCACCCACCUCGUUAUAUCACGGCCAAACGGGUUUAACUUCAAGGCCGGCGACUACGUGUUCAUUCAGAUACCGGUCAUUGCUAAGUACGAGUGGCAUCCUUUCACCAUCAGCUCAGCUCCAGAACAAACAGGUUUUUAUCCAAACACCCGCCAAUCCAUCUGUCCAUCAAUCUGCUUGUCCUUAUCUAUCCGGCUGUCUAACCUCUAUUAUAUGCCUCGUCUUUUCGUCAAUCAUUCAUCAGCCUAUCUGUGUAACUAAGUAUAUAUCAACAUAUCUAUAUUCAUCUAUAUGUAUCUUUGCAACCAUCCUAUCGGUCAUAAUUUGAUCUACAUAGACUAGACCCUCUCGUCAUGUGUAGCAAUCUAUUAGCUUAGUUCAUCCUUCGCUCUGUCUUACCAUAUUUAUUCAUCUUUUCUACAUGUGUACACAAAAUGCACAUUGCCAGACAAAAAUGUACAUAUCAACUUUCCUUCCUUAAGAAAACAUGCUCAAAAACUCUACCACUGUUAAAACAAACAGCGUCACUGGUGUAUAAAAGGUAUCACUAGCAAACAAACUGCAUCACUAGCAAACAAACUGCAUCAGUGAUAUACAAUCAUCUGCAUUGCGUCAAUGUUUGCAGACUCCAUCUGGCUUCACAUACGGACAGCGGGCUACUGGACCAAGUCUCUACACGACUACUUCAUCAACUACGCGAGCGAGGAACCGGAAUCCGAGGAAGGAAGUGAGUGCCGUUAAAGUCCACACAUUAUUGGUACACACGUACUUGAAACACGGUCUUGUAAAUACACACUUUAGUGUGCAUCUACAGCGUUUACAUUUAAAGCUGUGGUUAUUUAUUUUGUACAAAAUGUUUGUGAAUCUAAAAGUUGUUUGUAUUUUUUUUUUUUGCCAAAUGUGGUCCACGGUUGAACAUCGUUGCGCCUGUUUGUAUUCAGUUACUCCUGCCCCCCCCCCCCCACACACACACUCGUGUCCUCUCCUACACAAGUUUCCCGGGGGGGGGGAGAGUGGCACAAGAUUCCCGGGGGGGGGGGGGGGGGGUGAUAGUGUGUACGGUCCUGUCACUUUUAUGAGUCACACACACUCGUGUCCUCUCCUACACAAGUUUCCCGGGGGGGGGGAGAGUGGCACAAGAUUCCCGGGGAUGGGAUGGGAGGUUGAUAGUGUGUACGGUCCUGUCACUUUUAUGAGGAGGCAAAGCCGAUCCACUGCGGGGUUCAAGGAAAGUGGGUCAAGCCAAGUGGUCAAGCUAAGUGGGUCAAGCCAAGUGGGUCAAGCCAAGUGGGUCAAGCCAAGUUGUCAAGCCGAGUGGGUCAAGGCAAGUGGGUCAAGCCAAGUGGGUCAAGCCAAGUGGUCAAGCCAAGUUGUCUCAUGUUAUUAGAUGGUAUACUAUCUUUGACGUUUCGUGUAUGGACCAUACCAUGUUGGCUUGUGGCUGGUCUGACAAAAAAAAAAAAAAUUCUGUCUUAAAAAUUGUGUUUCAACAUUUAAUAGACAGUGAAAAGAAAAAUUGUUUCAUCUUGUAUUCCAUGUACAUCUACAACAAAAUGUAACUUUAAACAAUCACAAGGUCCUGAACAAUUCGGUAAGUGGAGUUCUGUUACUGCUAUACCGUUGUCAAGGUUUUGCUCUCGACACAAAAUUUAGAUCUUGUUCAAAUGGUUAUACGUUUAUCAUUACGUUUGUAUGUCCGCAUAUUAUGUUUUUUAUUUAUAUUUUAUCUAUUUUAUUUCUUUGCUCUUUAAGUUAGUUUUUUUUCUCCUCUGACUCGGAGUCAGUUGACUCUAUUUUUUUUUGGUUGAGAGAGCCUGUGUCUCUUUUAUUCGACUCUUUAUUUUAGCUCUUAUUUUAUUUUUAACUUCUCAUCAUUUGUUUUUUCCUUGAAGAAGACUUUUGGCCGAAGCGCUAGUUGUUUUCUGGUAUCGUUUGUAAAGCAUUAACUUAGCUGAUGUUUCUUAUGUCAAUAUUUUAUAACAUUUUCACGGUCUUCAUUAUGUUAAGCUUCAUAUAUGCGUACAGUUUAUCCCUUGACUAUGAGCUAUCAAAAGAUUUUAGAAUUUUUUUUAAACUAAGGUCGUCAAAAAUGUAUUAUAAUUUUUUAUUUUUUUUUUAAAUACAUUUUAAUAUCGAAAUGAUUUUUUUUUUCAGUCUUAAUUGCUAGAAAUAGCCAGCCAAACAAUGGCGGCGGCAGAAGUACGCGAAUUUUCCCUUUCUUGACGAAAUGUGAAUUCAAGAAACGCCCUUUUUCAUACGUAACCCAAUUUAGUGCUAACUUCUGGGAAUUUUAUUUUACGCGCCUAUUGAAAGCAUCGUUACAGCCAUACAUGGCUCGACGAUUAUUAUGUGUGAUUGUUGUCAUUUUUAAAGUUAUCAACGGUAUUCUUAGCUAGGUUCUAUGUAUCUAUUCUAUGUGACAUGAGUAAAGUGCCCCGUAUUUUCUGAAUAUUCGGCUAUUUUUUUCCAAUCCUUUAUAUUAACUUCGCUUUUGGUCGUGUGUUACUUUCUUUCUGUCUGUUGACCCAUUUCCCGUUAAACUAUCGAGCUGAAACAUGGCACGUAGACUCGUUGUCAAUGACAAAGCAUUCUAUUACAAUUUCAGCCUACCCUCCCCCGAACCCCCCAAAAUCGGUUUUUCCUGUUUUUCAAGGGGACGAUGGAGGGAAAAUGAUUCCACCGAUUUCGCGAAAUAGAAAUAAAAUUUACGAUAACUGCGCUGAAUAAUAAUACAAAAUAAAAUAGUAAACGAUGCAUAUAAAGCAGGUCUGCACAACUCAAAAUGUAAGGCGGGCCGUAAUACAUUAUAAAAAUUUGUGCGGGCCGAAAGAAAAUAGGACAGGAGUUGAGCGGGCCAAAAGAGUAUAGUUCAGGGGGAAAGCUAUUAAGAAAAUAAUAAGAAUAAAGAGUUUUUCGCUACCUAGCCGGCCACAAAAGUGGGUGCUGGCGGGCCACAUGCGGCCCGCGGGCCGUAUGUUGGGCAGGCCUGAUAUAAGGGAUUUUAACGAAAAACUUUGUUUUGGGCGGUUGUUUACUUAUGUAUGAUCUUUUGCAUGUGUGACGUCAGAUGAAAACGUGGACGUACCGAGAAAGACCAGCCUGGUCCGUCGUGAGUCAUCGCUGGCCUGGCAGAAACAGAAGCCGCUCACAGCUCGGAUAAUAGAGUCGAGAAUCAGGCAGCGGGUCAUCACCAAGUGUGCGCGGGUACAGGUCAGUGCAUAUUGGUACCAUGUGGUGCAUCGUGGGGUCGCGCGGUGCAGGCAUGCGAAGGGCAUUUUGGUUGCAUCGUGGAGAAUCUAUGUGGAAUGUGAUCAUUUUAUAGUACCGUUGUUAGUUGUUAGUGCUUUGUGGUACAUUCUAGAACACUGUGAUAGUGUGUAAUAAUGUAUGCUGCCAUGUUGUGUUCAAUACAUCAUAUAUUGGUACUUGAAGAAGUAAUUGCCUGUAUUAUUUAGUUACUUCUCACACGACCAAAUUUAACAUAACAGUAUCUACGUAUUAACUAUUUUAAGCCUAACCCUAAUUCACUGUACUAAGCGACAAUUGGUGUUAAAAACAUCCUGGAGAAAACCCGCUGCCAAAAGAAACACAAAACACAUACACACACAUGAAAGGAUUUUCUAAAACUAAGGAAACGAUUGCAGCUAGGGGAAGUCCCAGAUAGGAAAACUAACUCCCGUUUUCUUUCUGAUGUCCGUUAAAGUGAAUCAUUUCAUCUAAUGCUAUGUAUUUUGUUUGUUUUGUGUGUGUGUGUGUGUGGUUUUUUUUAUGCAUUCUUUUUACAAAAACUAACUUUGGCUUCAUAAAUCAUGAGAAUAGAAAAUAAGUCAUACAAAUUUUAAUUUUCCUUUCGAUUAUAUUAGAGUUUUUUUUUCUUUUUUAUAAACCAAAUAAGAUCUGAACUAAAAUGUAAGGCAUUCAUCGUACACCUGUGUAGAAUGGGCAAUGCUACUCUUCAUUUGUUACAUUCGCUUAUUUCUCUUUUUAAAAAAAAAAUAUAAAAAAAUAAAUAACAUUAAUUUUUUCUUAAAGAUAUUUGUAAAUGUUGGCUAGUAAACAAAUCGGGCGCCAUCUUUACCCCACUCCUUGCCUUUAACUCAGUGUCACAUAGACGGGCCCUACGGUACCCCGAGUCGCCACAUCUUCCAGGCCGAGCACGCUGUGCUGAUUGGCUCCGGCAUCGGGAUCACGCCCUUCGCGUCCAUCCUGCAGUCCAUCGUGUCCAGGGUCAAGGCCGCCCUGGUCAAAUGUCCCAAGUGUGACUACACGUGGUGCAAUCAGCUUCCUGCUUCCGUCAUGAAGUUAAAGAAAGUAAGUCAUCUGUACACAAGGCGAGUUUUGGUGGGGGGAGGGGGGGGGCUAAGGGUGGGGGUGGGGGCCAGCGUUUCCGUUCUGCUAGAGAUGUUAGUGGUGUUGAUGUAUUUAUUAAUUAUUUUUUUUGGUGUUGACGUUAAAAUUGCUGGUCACCGUAAUGAUGGUGGGGGUGGUAUUGAUGCUGUUGGUGGUGGUGCAGGUGACUGUGUCGUGGGUUUUGUUGUUUCUGGUGGUGAUGGAGUUGGCGUUCGAUAGGGAUUAUCCCUGGGGAAAGUCGGAGGAUCGUCCCAUGGGGGGGGGGGGGGUACCCCAUAGGGUCAUAUAAUUAUUUAGGCACACGGUGUUGUAAGAUGUACGUAACCUGAUGUGGCCGCUCGAGAAAUUUACACUAUCGGAACCAAGUGCUUAAAGCUGUUGUCUCAAGCAAAGUAUUGUUAAAUGUUAACUAGAAAAAAAUAAUCUUUUCAAGAAAACGGCACUUGACCGUCGAGACUUGACCGUCGAAACUUUCCCGUCGAGACAAAGAGAUGUUUAAUGUAGCCCCAAUAAAAUCACGCCAUUGGGGGGGUGGUGGUGGAGGGGGCACUAAAUGAACAGGACAUGCUCCCUAGAAGGACUACACAGAACAAGGCAUGUGUAUGCUCGAACUAGAAAGACGGGACAAUAAAGUUGAACGUUUCGGCUAAGAUCUUUCCUCAGUAGACAGGAGAGAUGAAGAAACAAAAAGAAACAGAAAUUAGUUUGUUGUUUUUUGUUUAAUGUAAGUGUUCGCCAUUAAUGUUAUUGCCGGAAGUUUUUUUUUUUUUUUUUUUUUUUUCAAAAAACCAAGAUUACACACACCCUUGUCCUGCUGUGUGCUAUUCACAAAGCUUGGACGCAGUCCUUCUUUUAUUAUCCUUAAUAUUCCUUAGAGCAGUCAAUAUCGUCACCAAAAAGAGAAAAGAACAAAAUUAACAAGGAACUUAAUUUGUGUUUCACCAGGUCGACUUUAUAUGGAUCAACCGGGAUCAGCGCCAUUUUGAGUGGUUUGUGUCCUUGCUGUCUCGGCUGGAGAAAGAGCAAGAGGUCGAAGGAGGCAUUGGUGAGACAAUCUUCUUAGUAUAGUGUGGUGCCGUUAGAUGUGUGUGUGUGUGUGAGUCUUAUGGCUCAUAAGCUGGGGCGUCCAGUGUUGAUUGUUUUCCCAAUUUGUCAGUUAGUUCCCUGGUCGGUAUCAAAUUUAUUCUUAUUUUUAAAUUACACAUUACUAUUUUAUAACAUAAUCCGUACCGUAUAAUGAAACAAACAAAAAUGGGAAUACAUUUUUUCCGGAUUUCUUUUCUCGUGUCUUUUUUUUUCCUUUCUAGGUCAUAUAUUGGAUAUGCAUAUGUACAUGACGUCAGCUGUACCCAAGACAGACAUGAAAGGCCUUGGCCUCCAGUUGGCCCUUGACCUUGUGCACGAAAACGAAAGGACGGAUCUAAUAACAGGGCUGCAGACACGCACACAGGCUGGUCGCCCGGACUUCGAUGUGGUGAGUGGAGUGAUAGCCGGACAAUUGUCGCGUGAGGUUGCCAGCCAGACUAUGAUCCCAAAAUGGUGCUAGUGAGAAAUUAAUCCCGAGAGGUCAUACAAUAAUUCCAAGUAGUUUAAAUAAUAUCGUCAUUGUGUUUGCACAUUUUCGUAAACUUAUUUAAAUGCAUUUAUUGAUAAAUUAUCUUAGUAAGUUAGGUAACCGUUGAAGUCAGGUGCCGAUGUUAAAAAAUUUCACUGUUAUUUAAUCCUUUAAGAUUGUUGCUUUUUUUCAAUUAUUUCAAUCGGACUCGUUGCCCUUGUCAUAUUUUUUAUAACAUAAUAACAAGGACACAUUUUCGCGGUGUUUCCUUGCCUCCAUACAAAUGACGUCAUUAACUAUAAAUACAAAAUUUAAUUAAAGGGGACAGGCGGAUAAAGGAAUAGCGAUAUAGAGUGAGAAGGAGAGAGAAAGAAUAACGGUGAGAAUGGGAGAAGGAAAGGCGCACGGGAGGUUAAUCAUUAAGAGGUCAGCUAACAACAUUAAGUUAACAAUUAAUGUAUGCUUGUUACAGCUAAAAAUAACCCCCCACAUACUCUCUCACCCACAGUUGUUCCGCAAGAUCAGCAACAGCGCCAAAGGGCGGGUAACUGUGUUCUUCUGCGGCUCGCCAAUGCUGGGGAAGAGAUUAAAGCAAAUCAGCCACAAGUUUGGUUUCGCCUUUCGUCAUGAAUAUUUCUAA